GGUCUGGGCGGGGUGGAGAGUCGGGGUGGCGAUCACAGUACGCGGGAGGCCGGUGGGCUGCUCGGGUCUGCGGCAGCCGCCGCCUGCCUUUCCCUCCUCCCCCCUCCUUCGCCCCCUCACCGGCUCCUUCCCUUUGUGCGCGUCUCUUCCUGCAGCCAUGCCGUGCCUUUCCGCGCACGCCCCACUGUGUCCCGGCAGACACUCCUCGUCGCCGCGCCGCUGAAGGAAGAAGAGGAAGCCGCAAGGAGGAGGUUGUCCGCCUGCCGCCUCAUGCCGCGGUCCCGUCCCGCCGCCAGUCCGGGGACCUGCAUGGACUGGCAUGGGGAGAGCUGGGCCUUCCCGCGCCGCCAGGGCUGAGCCGCCGCGCCGCACAUCGCUCGCCGCCCUCGGCCUCCUCGCCGCCCUGGGGCUGCUGCUGGACUCAGGUGAUGGCCAGCUGCAAACACCUUGUCGAAUCCAGAAGUGCACCACUGAUUUUGUAUCCUUAACUUCACAUCUAAACUCGGCUCUUGAGAGCUUUGAUUUGGAGUUCUGCAAGGCCCUAAGAGCAUACUCUUCCUGUACCUAUCGCAAUUCCAAAGUAUGCCGUGGAAACCUAGUCUACCAUUCUGCAGUGCUUGGGAUCAGUGACCUCAUGAACCAGAGAAACUGUUCCAAAGAUGGACCCACAUCAUCCAGCAACCCUGAAGUAACCCAUGAUCCCUGCAAUUACGGUGGCCACACAGAAGCCAGAGAACAUCAGGGUGGGGAGAAGACUCCUCCCCCUACUUACUUAUUUUGUGGCUUGUUUGGUGAUCCUCAUCUGAGGACUUUUAAGGAUCACUUCCAGACAUGCAAAGUGGAAGGUGCUUGGCCCCUCAUAGACAAUAACUACUUAUCAGUGCAAGUGACCAAUGUGCCUGUGGUAGCAGGAUCCAGCGCUACUGCUACAAAUAAGAUAACUAUUAUCUUUAAAUCACACCAAGACUGUACAGAUCAGAAAGUAUAUCAAGCAGUGACUGAUGACUUGCCUGCAGCUUUUGUUGAUGGUACAACAAGUGGAGGUGAUGGGAACACCAAGAGCUUGCGAAUUGUGGAGAAAGUCAGUGGCAAAUACGUCGAAAUGCAUGCCAGGUACAUUGGGACCACAGUGUAUAUACGCCAGCUUGGGCACUACCUAACACUGGCCAUUCGCAUGCCUCAAGAGUUGGUCAUGGCCUAUGAGGAGAACCAGGAUCUGCAGCUGUGUGUGAAUGGUUGCCCUUCAAGUGAACGUAUUGAUAAUAGUGGCCACUUACCGUUACCUGUGAUGGGCCACUUGCUCCCUCAGCGUGGUUCUGCUCAUCCCCAGUCAGUGUACACACUGGAAACUGCCACCACCAAGUGCCAUGAGAAGAUGCUGCUGAAGGACAUAUAUUUUUACUCGUGUGUAUUUGACCUGCUCACCACUGGCGAUGCUAACUUCACAGCUGCUGCUCACAGUGCCUUGCAGGAUGUGGAGUCACUGCACCCUAGAAAAGAGCACUGGCAUAUCUUUCCCAGCAGUGAAGGUGGUGGUGUGGGCAAGGGUAGCAAAAUCUUUGUUGGUCUUGGACUAGUGUGCUUGAUCCUUGUUGGGUUUUUGUAGGGCUUUUUUGUCUAUAACAAAGUUUUGAAAUAUAUAUUGUCGUAAUAUAUUGACUAAAUAUAAGUAUAUAUGUAUAUACCAUGUAUAUGAAGGGAUGUUUUGUCUUGGGACACCCACCAGAUUGUACAUACUGUGUUAAAUGUUUUCAUGUAUGAUUGCUGUAGUAUUCUUUGUAUCUGUUUUGCAAUUGGUGAAAUAUUUUCUAAUGUCCCUGUAUUGGGCCCUGAUAGAAAGCACUUUAUUUUUUUAUAUAUUAAAUAUUUAUGUGUGUAUCUGAGUAACUACGUAUUAUACAUAUAAACAUGUUCAUACAACACUCAGUGCUCCCUCUAAGUACUACUUAGUUUACACAAUUUAUUAACGGGAUUGAUUUGUGGGGAUUUCCUAUCAUUUCUCUUACUCCAGAGACAGUACAUCUCUUGUUCUGUAAUGGCAUUGGGGAUUUGCUGAGCUUACUAGUUAAAAUCAUUAAGAAUGGAAUUAUAUUCUGUCCCUCAAACAAAUGUGUGUCUUUGGAGGGAGAGAGUAAAGUGCUUCCCAUUAGCUCAGAUGGCAGUCUUGGAUAACCUGAAUUACAGAACCUUCUUUCUAAUUCUCACAUUUCCUAGUUUCAUGGCAUGAGUUUCAAAAGAAGAAAAGGAAGUGAAGCUUGUAACUGUUGCAGCUGCCUCUAACCUCAAGAGUUGUUAUUCUCCAAGAUGGACUGGAGAAAUCACAAGCCUGAAAUCUGCCCCUUGCUUAGGUGCUCAUUCUAUCUAUACAUUCAGAAGAAGGAGGGCAGUGAGACUACAGGCUCUGACUAAUUUUACUGAAGAGCUAAGAGGAGAAUGGUUUGGUGUCCUGAAUGCCUUGAUCUGCUGCAAGAAGUGGAAGUUUUAAUACAUUCUUUAGUAAACCCGUCUCCAAGACAUGUUUAUUUCACUCUUUGAAAACUGUUCAUCAGAGACUGGACAGAUAUAUUAGAAGUGCUAUCUGAAUAAGACUCAAAUAGCACUUGCCUUUGUUUAGUGAACUUGAUCUAGUGUUUGCCUUGGUUGGAGGGAGACGGAGUUUGUUUGCAGAAUUAAAGCUCCUAGUUUUUAUGAAAACUUGCUAGGUUAGGGGCUGUUGACUGUUAAGGCUAGCAGUAGUCUUCUCAAUGAAACUAACUAAUUCCCUGUCUGGAUGGGUAACUGCAUACAGGUGUUACUCUGGGAAUACGUGAGAUGAAAGUAAUCAAACUGAGAGAAGGUUGAAGGUAAAACUUUAUUUUAGACUUUUAUUAUAUUUGGAGCUUGUUAUGUCUGAUGAUGCUGUUUCAGAUGAGUUAGACUUGUGGAUAACGUGGCCCCUGCAGCUUCACUUGAUGCUGACAGGCUUCUCCCUAUUUUGUGUGGCUGAACUUCCUCAUCAGUAUUCUGAAUUUAGAGUUCUCAUGGCUGAAAGUUAAUGGAUGAACCUAGUGUUGCUUGCAGUGGCGCACAUACUUAGUGGGCAGGCAUCAUAUACUAGUUAACUUCCUCUGUCCCUGGAUCCUGUAUGUAUAUACGUAUGUAUGCUAUAUAUAUAUUUACACUAGCAUUGAGUUAUGAGCUUCUCAGAUAAAUAAUAUUUCAGAACUGUAGUAAUCCCCAGAACGAGUUCUCAGUUUUCUUGUUCUUGCUGUGGGAUUUCUUGGGAAAAUGUUAUUUGCACAUGUUCAUUCUUGAAGUCUUUAAGAGAGCUUUAGUUAAUGCCAAAUGUGGGUAUUUUGGAGCUAGUGAAUGGUCUCUGGAGAUAGCUUAAGCUCAGAGGGACCUUUUUCUUUUCCCACAGGUCCUCCAAAUGUCUGUGUUUUAGAAGGCUACACAUACUUUUCAUGUUUGGAAACCGCACAAUGUGUCAGUCUUUGCCAAACCUUUUAGAUCUUGGUUCAUGAAUAUACCAGUAAGUAUAUGCUUGUGUAAAAGAGUGGCUGUGCAGUGUGUAAAUACUUCAAAUUAUUAUGGCAGAAGAAUAAAGUUGCCUACUCUGUUGAGGAACAUCUAUAAUGAGGUGUUAGUGACCCCUGGUGGGCUGCAGAGAAAUGUGGGAUGUGGUCUACAUACUGGACUGGGAAUCUAUAAAUAAAGUCCCAAUUUGUCUCUUUAGCCAUCACUUGUUGGAUAGGAAUGUGCUGAGCACAGUCAUUACACUUCCUUGCAGAUGCUUGUUUCCCCUCUGCUAUAUAAGCUGUAUAGUGAAAUUUGUGACCAGCAGCUGCAAACCAGGCCAGUACACUGGAGAUAGUGUCUGGGAAAAAAAUAGCAGGAACCAUCUCCUCAGGAUCCCACUUGCACAGUUCCUUCACAGUGUUUGCAGAGAUACUUGAAAGAGCUUUAACACAGUGAUCUGAUAUUGCUGCAUCCAUCUUGAGAGGUGUUGUGAAAAUCCUCCUUUAAAGUUACUGAUGUUACUGAGAACUCUCAGACCAGAAGAACCCAGGAAGAGAAAAUUACCUGCUGUAAUUUUAAUUAUAAUAACCAAAGAAGAGCUGAUGUAUUAAAAGAAUAAAUGAUAUUGAAGAGUCCAAAAGAUUACAUAACUUUGUAUAACAAGAUGAUCUCCUAAGUGUAUAUGGAAGUUGUAGUAUUUCAGCUGCAGGUCUAAUCCAACAGUAUGAAUUAAAAGUGCCCUAACUUAAAACCAGUUCUGUCAGGUACAUACCCAGAAAAAUAGACCUAAUAAACACAAUUUUGAAUAUUGUUUUUCUAAGCUUGUGUUGCAGCUAGAAUUUGAGGUAUAUACGGAGCAAUCUCAUGUGGUAGAUGCCAUCACUAAAUGCUUUGUGGAAAUGACUAUAGGAAGCAAAAGGAGCUUUAAAUACAUAUAUGUUUCGUGUAUGCAGGAGUCGCUCUUCAUAUCUGUAAGAACUUACUUUCAAAGGUGGUGAUCUAUGACCACAAGCUCUGCAGAAGGCAAUAUAGCAUGAUCCAACAGUAUUUUAAUGCAACACUAGUAAGCUAUUACUGAUACUAUUACUUGUCUCUAAAGUGGAGAGACAUAAAUUUGAUAAAUGGACCACCUGGUAUUUUACCUGGUAGGUAAAGAGUUGGCUGGGUGGCUGCACAGGGAAGGUUGUGGUCAAUGGCUCAGUGUUCACGCAGACUGGUGACAAGAGGUGUUCCUCAGGGAUUGCUAUUGAGACCAGUCCUGUUCAACAUCUUUGUUGGCGAUAUGGACGGUGGGAUUGAGUGUGCCCUCAGCAAGUUUGCUGAUUGCACUAAUCUAUGUGGUUUGGUUGAUACACUGGAGGGAAGGGAUGCCAUCCAGAGAGACCUGGGCUCGCUUGAGAGGUGGCCUAUGCCAACCUCAUGAAGUUCAACCAAGCCAAGUGCAGGAUCCUGCACCUGGGUUGGGGCAAUCUCAGGCAUAGCUACAGGCUGGGCAGAGGAGAGAUUCAGAGUAGCACUGUGGAGAAGGACUUGGGUGUGGGGUUGUAUUUGGAGGACAGCAGACAUGUGAUGAGCCAGCUGUAUGAGGGCCUCUUCUAAGCAUGCAGCUGCAUACCAAGAAGAAGAUAAGAGGAUGUGAACCAGCCAUCAGAGAGCUGCUUCUAAACACAUAGCCGCAUAGCAAGAAGAAGAUAAGAGGAAGAAAACAUCUGCAGUCGGAUACAUGGGAAGAACACCAGGAAUUAGGUGAUCCAAUAAGGGCACUUAGCGAGCCGCGUGAUUGCCUCGUGCAAGAGGGCUUUUACCAAUCAAAAGGCGCGUGACCGCAUGUAGAGAGAGAAAACUCUGUAUAUAAAGGGAUCGUGGGAACAAUAAAGUGGCUUCUGCUUGAUUCACAUUGAAUUGUUUAGGGUCCAUUGUCGUCUCUCCUCACUUGGGAGUGUUGGUUAAUGAGAAACAGAACAUGCUCCGGCUUCAGUGUGCGCUCGCAGCCCCGAAAGCCAACUGUAUCCUGGGCUGCAUCAAAAGGAGCGUGACCAGCAGGUCGAAGGAGAUGAUUCUGCUCCUCUACUCUACUUGGAACUAUAUGCAGUUCUGGUGUCCUCAAGAUAAGAAGGACAUGGAGCUGUUGGAGCAAGUCCAGAGGAGGUCACGAGGAUGAUCAGGGGCUGGAGCACUUGCCGUGUGAAGACAGGCUGAGAAAAUUGGGGGUGUUCAGCCUGGCAAAGAGAAGGCUGCAUGCAGACCUCAUAGCAGCCUUCCAGUAACUUAAAGUGCCUACAGGGAUGCUCUUCAUCAGGGACUGCAGUGAUAGGACAAGGGGUCAUGGGUUUAUAUUUAAACAGGGGAAGUUCAGGUUAGGUGUAAGGAAGAAGUUUUUUACUGUGAGGGUGAUGAGGCACUGGAACAGGCUGCCCAAAGAAGUGGUAAAUGCCCCAUCCCUGGCAGUGUUCAAGGCCAGGUUGGACAGAGCCUCAGGCAGCAUGGUCUAGUGUGAGGCGUCCCUGCACAUGCAAGGGGUUGGAACUAGAUGACCUUAAGGUCCUUUCUAACCCUGACCAUUCUAUGAUGCUAUGAUGCUACGCUAUCUGUUAUUGGCCUCUGUCUUAAAGUUAGCUGAUGCGCUAGAUAUUAGUGGCUUAUUUAAAAGGUGAUUUUAAGUAUCAUUAAGCACUUUGAACCAGAUUAUUUCCUAAUGCUGGUGACAGAGUUGUUAACAUUAGCUGAGGAUAGUUCUCUGUAAUUGUGGAAUCUGACAGCUUCCCUAGGAAGCAUGUCACAAAACUGAGCAAAGAACUGGGUGCUUAAUCAUUCAUCUUGUAUGUACAUAGGCUCCUAAACAAGGGUAUUAUAAAAGGAAAUAGUAUGUUCAUAUCAAACCAAAAUAUUUCUCUCUUCCUGGAAAACCUGGCCAGAAGAGUAAUCUGCAUAGAGCGCCUCUUAAAUGGAACACAGCAGGAGAGAACGCAGGGCCGGAGAACAACCUGACUUUUGUUCUAAAGGUCAACUUAGGACCUUUCAGUAGUUCAUUUCCUCUCAAACUGCUGCUGUGCUGCCAUAAAAUAGAUCACCUAGUGUUUGCAUUCUCUUACUUUAGCAUUAUGGGUACCAUGCAUUUGUUUUAUGAUAUUGAGGAUGUUUAAGUGGCUAUUUGUUUACAUACACCCUGAAGUGAAGCAAGCAGUGUUGCAAGCUUUGCACAGCCUAAUGAGAGUUUCAUUAGUGGACAUGUUCUGAAAAAACACAGUUUGCUUUUGGCUUUCUUCUAUUUUGACAAAGUUAUAGCA